CCCAAGUGCUACAAUCGUUCAUCCUCACCUCGCCUAUCUCAUCUAUCUCCAACGUACAUCUCUUUUUUUUUACAUUCUCACUGUAAUAACUUGGCACCAUUCGGAAUAAACCAGACAGUUGAAGGCGCGUAAUUACUUUGUUUAGCCAAGUGUUAGUAUCAACGCGCCAAAGUCAUCCCCACAAAGUCAGGUGGACGAUUAAAUCAUUUCUAAUUGAUAAAUUCAUCAGGAAACGUCAUCAAGGAGUAACGGUGAUCUGUGUGGUUUGAGAGAAGAAGAAAAAAAACUAAAAAGAACGGAAUAGGAAUUUUGCGAUUGGUCGUUGACGAGGGAACGAGGAAGGAUGCAAUCAAAUGCCUCGACAGCGUUGGAUCUUGAUGCUGCGAGAUCAACCGGUUGCUGUGACUCUGAUCACAGAAAUGGAGAAGAUGAGGGGAUUGACAGGGAGAGGAGACAGUUGAGUGGACAACCCCUGUCUCUUUCUCUUGAGGAUCGCGAAUUGUGGACCAGAUUUCAGAGCAUCACUAAUGAGAUGAUUGUCACGAAGAAUGGAAGGAGGAUGUUUCCUGUUGUGAAGGUUGUGGCGCGAGGACUAGAACCUUCCGCGAUGUAUACUCUUCUCUUGGAGUUCGUACAAAUUGAUCCUCACAGGUGGAAAUACGUGAAUGGGGAGUGGGUACCAGGUGGUAAAGCCGAGGUUGCGCCCCCUAAUCCGAUCUACAUUCACCCGGAGAGCCCCAACUUUGGGGCGCAUUGGAUGAAGGAAGCAGUAUCUUUUGCAAAAGUCAAAUUGACCAAUAAAUCGAAUGGAAAUGGCCAGAUUAUGUUAAACUCGCUCCACAAAUAUGAACCGAGAGUCCAUCUCGUCCGCGUGGGGGCGGAGGAGCAACGCACUGUACUCACAUAUAGAUUUCCCGAGACUCAAUUUAUCGCAGUGACUGCGUAUCAGAAUGAAGAAGUAACCGGCCUGAAGAUCAAAUACAACCCCUUCGCAAAGGCCUUUCUCGACGCCAAAGAGCGUCCCUCCGAUCAGCAAACUUACCCCCAAUAUACAAGUGCCUGGUUUUUGCCUCAACCAGCAAUGGCCUAUGACUACGCCCCUUCCAUAUCCGUCGCUUCGUCUCAGGUCUCAAAUCCAUCCAGUGAUCUCACGAGUACGUGCACAAUAUCCUCCGGAAGCCAUAAAAGUUCAUGUAGAACCGCACCAUAUCCCGUCAGACAUAAAUACCAUCAAGAAGAUGAAAAUGUAGAUCCCUACAGUUCAGUGCCACUUCUCCACUCGGCCUACGUCACAACCGGCUGGUCACGGAGUCCUGAACCCCUAUCAAUGAACCCCCUACCCCAAGAGUGGCCUUCCUCACCCCUUCCCUCCCCCACCUCUUCCCCGUCAGGUCACUCCUAUUCCCUGAGCAGACCCUCCGCCUCAACCCCAACGACAUGCACCUUCUAUAUUCCCUCAGCCCCUUCCUGCAACACCUCACCCCACGAUCAUCCACACAUCGUAGAAACCUCCACUUGGCUGCAUCCCCCAUCGGUCUCAGAUCAAGUUCAACAACAGCAGUCAUACUUGAAUCUCAAUCUCCAUCUGCACCACCAGAUCCCCUCAUACUCACGUACUCCAGCACUUUCCGUUCUCCAAUCAACGGAGACCGACGUCAAUCAGAGCCCCAUCGCCCCCAGCAAUGAAUAUCCUCAAAGUUACCACCAGACAACAGAUCCGGGGGAACAUCAGAAUCAUCAAGGUCAUCUGCUCCAGCUGCAGUCCCAGGGUACAGCGUCGCCGUCAGGCGACUAUGAUCCUACGAAAAGUCAUCACUCCAUUGGAUAUCAGGAGCCAAAUCGCAAUCAGGAGAGCGAAACGGGAGACGAUGAGAGGAGAUAUGGGAGCAGCGUUAUCGAUCAUCGAUUAUCGAGUCAUCAGAGAAAUUCGGCAUCCACUGAUACUCAAGGGGGUUGGGCCCCACUGACCCCACCGACAGUCACCCAAAAUACUGCUCUCUGAUGUGGGUCUCAUCGAUUAUUCUGUCCGACCCCUCGAUUCAGAUUCUAUUGACUGUUGAUAGGGGAAUCGAGUGAUUACACUUAGUCGAUUGUCACUCGAUCGAUGAUCGAAUAUGAUAACGAAGGGGUGAAUCAAUCGAACUACAGUUGAGUUAAUUCGAAACCGAGUGAGAGCUUAUUCGAGCUGAAAAUAUUUUAGAAUCGACUUUUAAUCGACUCAUAUGAGAACCGAUUACCAGUUCAUUAUAACGAAGGCUCAAUUGAAUUUGAGUGGAACUAAUUCGAAGUCGAUUAAGAAUCGAUUUAUGUGGGAAAGUCGGGAGUGAAGUGGUAGGAAUGAAACAGGAAAUCAAUAGAUAACAUUUAUUUAAUUUUCUGUUCUUGACUUCUUUGCCUCGGGAACUUUCCAAACUUUAGAAGUUUAAGUGACAUGUAUUAUGAAAAAAAAUAGAACGUUCUGUUAAUGUUUAUAAUAAUUAGAUUAUUAUUAGCUGUAAUAGAAACUCCGUCCAGAUUACGAAGAAAUUGUUUAAUUUAAUUGUGAAUAUCCAGAUGCAUUGAUAAACUCAUUGCAGUCCUAGUUUUUUAUUUCAUUCCACUGUAAAUACUUAUAUUGGAAGUGAGUGAUUAUUCUAGUAGAUAAAUAAUACACUAUUUUACAAGAGAACCAAUAAGACCGUCUGAUUAA